CCUUCACCUCCUCCUCCUCCUCCUCCUGCCUUCUCUCGGCUCGCGCUUGCACGCCAGUUGAGUGCUGAAGUGCGCUCAGAGAGCAGUGUACUCUCUCUCUCCCUCCGUCUCUCUCUCCCUCUCUCUUUCUCUCUCUCUCUUUCUGAGCUCUUAUACAUUACACACACAUUACAUUACAUUACACCACUGCUGCUGGACUUUGGCUUGGACUCAUCUGGCACAUGGACGAGAUGGCUCUUUUUGGCUUUUGAAUGCCAUUACAGAUUUGGAGUUUGGGAUUUUUUUGUAAUUUUAUUUAAUUUUUUUUUUCUUUUUUCUUUCUCUUUUUUUGCGGUGAAGGCGCUCGGCUGAUUUGCCAAAUCCCGGAAACGGACAGCAUCACUUUCGUCUAGCUUACAGACUCUACCUUGUAGUUCACACACUGUUCCCGGGUCACUCAUAGCACCGGAAAAGAACCGAAGACAAGAUACAGAUAUUUAUUUCUUCAGAGUUUCCGGCUCGGGAUCUUGGAGCAUCAUUUCACUUUAGACGAAUGCGCGCGGUUUUCUUGGAAAUCUCUUGAAAAUCCUUAGCUGUUCAUGCAUGUGUGUCUAAGUGUGUAUGCGCGUGCGUAACGUUGCGAUUUAACGCACACACACACACACACACACACAGAGAGAGAGACACGCGCGGAGUUUCACGGAGUACCCGCGUGCAGCGCGUGCGUCCCCGGAUUCGCGUUCUCCGUGCCCGGAAAAGGCAGUAUGAGCCCGGUGCAUGCGUGUCCGUCUCCACCGGCUUUCCUCAGUCCCUAAGCGAAGGACAGAAAGAGUGUUCUGGACACAUACACACACACACACACACGCACAGCCACAGAAGAGAGAAUUAAAGUCGUGCUUGGAUGUGUACUAUGCCAGAAUGGGUCCGCUAGCGUGGCUCUUCCUCUGCGGAUUAUUUCACUCUCAGGCUGGGGGAUCUCGUCUGCGGCAGGAGGAUUCACCGCCCCGCAUCGUGGAGCAUCCGUCCGACCUGAUUGUGUCCAAGGGCGAACCCGCCACCCUCAACUGCAAGGCAGAGGGCCGGCCCACGCCCACGGUGGAGUGGUACAAGGAUGGCGAGAGGGUCGAGACAGACAAAGACGACUCUCGAUCCCACCGCAUGCUGCUGCCCACCGGCUCCCUCUUCUUCUUGAAAAUAGUCCACGGGCGCCGGAGCAAACCGGACGAAGGAGCGUACGUCUGCGUGGCCCGCAACUACCUCGGGGAAGCCGUGAGUCGUAACGCCUCCCUGGAAGUAGCAUUGCUGAGGGAUGAUUUCAGACAGAACCCCACAGACGUCGUGGUUGCGGCGGGAGAGCCGGCCAUUUUGGAGUGCGUUCCACCUCGCGGUCACCCGGAGCCCACCACUUACUGGAAAAAGGACAAAGUUCGGAUCGAUGAGAAAGAUGACAGGAUUAAGAUUCGAGGAGGCAAGCUGAUGAUCACAAACGCACGAAAGAGUGACGCAGGCAUGUACGUGUGUGUGGGAACCAACAUGGUGGGAGAAAGAGACAGUGAGACAGCUCAGGUCACUGUUUUCGAACGGCCCACGUUCCAGCGGAGACCGAUAAACCAGGUGGUUCUGGAGGAGGAGGCAGUGGAGUUUCGUUGUCAGGUGCAUGGAGACCCUCAGCCCUCUGUCCGCUGGAGGAAAGACGACGUGGACGUUCCACGUGGAAGGUAUGAUAUCAGGUUUGAUAAGGAGGAGUAUGUGUUGCGGAUAAAGAAGGCAUCAGCGACUGAUGAAGGAACCUUCACCUGCGUCGCGGAGAACCGUGUGGGUAAAACGGAGGCCUCAGGGACUCUCACAGUGAGAGCACCACCACAGUUUGUGAUCCGACCACGGGACCAGAUUGUGGCUCAGGGCCGCACGGCAACGUUCCCAUGUGAGACCAAGGGGAACCCUCAGCCUGCAGUGUUCUGGCAGAAAGAAGGCAGCCAGAACCUGCUGUUUCCCAACCAGCCGCAACAACCCAACAGCCGCUUCUCCGUCUCACCCAGCGGAGCUCUGACCAUCACGGGCGUGCAGCGAGCAGACGGAGGCUACUACAUCUGCCAGGCGCUGACGGUCGCUGGCAGCAUCCUCGCCAAAGCUCAACUGGAAGUAACAGAUGUGUUGACAGACAGGCCACCGCCAAUCAUCAGGCAAGGCCCAGCCAAUCAGACCCUGGGCGUGGACAGUGUAGCUCUCCUGAAGUGCCAAGCAUCCGGGGAGCCUGUACCCACCAUCAGCUGGCUGAAAGAUGGAGUGAGUCUGCUGGGUAAAGAUCCACGCAUGUCCCUGCAGGAGCUGGGCAGCCUUCAGAUCAAGAACACACGGCUCUCUGAUUCUGGGAUCUACACCUGUGUUGCUGCUAGCUCGAGUGGUGAAACAUCAUGGAGCGCCUUCCUGGAAGUGAAAGAAUCCGGUGGGAUGGUGCUGAUCAAGAACAGAGAAGAAGGUGAACUUCCUGGUCCGCCCUCCAAACCUCAGGUCACUGACGUCACCAAGAACAGCGUGUCUCUGUCCUGGCAGCCGGGCCUGGCCAGAGCCUCGUCCAUCACAUCAUAUGUGAUCGAAGCAUUCAGCCAAUCUGUGAGUAACAGCUGGCAGACUGUAGCGGAUCACGUUAAAACCACCCAGUUCACCAUUAAAGGCCUCCGACCCAACACCAUCUACCUGUUCAUGGUGCGUGCCGUCAACACACAGGGCCUGAGUGACCCAAGUCCCAUGUCUGAACCAGUGCGUACCCAAGAUAUCAGUCCUCCAGCAAAGGGUGUAGAUCACAGGCAUGUACAGAAAGAGCUCGGUGAGGUCAUCGUCCGGCUACACAACCCUGUGGUCCUCAGCCCCACCACCAUUCAGGUCACCUGGACCGUGGACCGUCAGUCUCAGUUCAUCCAGGGUUACAGAGUUUUGUACAGGCAGACGUCAGGGCUGUCCUCGCCGGGACCGUGGCAGACCCAGGACGUGAAGGUUUCCUCAGAGAGGACCAUUGUGAUCUCAUCACUGAAGAAAGGCAUCGUGUACGAGAUCAAGGUUCGACCAUACUUCAACGAGUUCCAGGGAAUGGACAGUGAAUCGAAGACAGCGAGGACCAAUGAAGAACCUCCCAGCGCUCCGCCGCAGCAGGUGACGGUCCUCACAGUGGGAAAUCAGAACAGCACCUCCAUCAGCAUCUCCUGGGACCCACCUCCUGCCGAGCACCAGAACGGCAUCAUUCAAGAGUACAAGAUCUGGUGUUUGGGAAAUGAGACACGUUUCCACAUCAAUAAGACGGUGGAUGCUGCGAUUCGCUCGGUGGUGGUGGGCGGUCUGCAGGCGGGGCUGCUAUACCGGGUUGAGGUGGCGGCCAGCACCAGCGCAGGAGUGGGAGUGAAGAGCGAACCUCAGCCCAUCAUCAUCGGGAAAGACUUCCGAGAUGUGAUUGUGAGCGGGGACAAGAAUAACAGCAUCACUGAGCAGAUCACGGACGUGGUGAAGCAGCCGGCGUUCAUCGCAGGGAUCGGCGGAGCGUGCUGGGUCAUCCUCAUGGGCUUCAGCAUCUGGCUCUACUGGAGGAGGAAGAAGAGGAAAGGACUCAGUAACUACGCCGUUCAGUCGUUCACCUUCACCCCGGCAGUGACAUUCCAGCGAGUUGACGGAGGCUUGAUGAGCAAUGGAAGUCGUCCUGGUAUUCUAAAUGCCGGUGAGGCGAGUUAUCCUUGGCUAGCAGACUCCUGGCCGGCCACCAGCAUGCCUGUUAACAGCAGCUCCGGAGGACCCAGCGACCUCGGUAACUUCGGACGUGGAGAUGUCAUGCCCGCAGGCCAGACGGAUAAAACAGGUACUAUGAUGUCUGACGGCGCCAUCUACAGCAGCAUCGACUUCACCACUAAGGCAGGAUUUGGCAGCGCGAGCCCGGCAUCGCAGGCCACUCCAUACGCCACCACGCAGAUCCUUCACUCCAACAGCAUCCACGAGCUGGCGGUGGAGCUGCCCGAGGCCCAGUGGAAGAGCUCGCUGCAGGCCAAACAGGAAAUGGCCAACCUGGGCUACUCGCUGCCUGAUAAGAACUCCUGCAACAACACACUCCUUUUCAUUCCCGACUACCGAUUGGCUGACGGAUUGUGUAAUAGAAUGCCGCACAACCAAUCACAGGAUUUCAGCACCACCAGUUCCCACAAUAGCUCAGAGCGGAGCGGCAGUCUGUCAGGUGGAAAAGGAGGGAAGAAGAAAAAGACCAAAGUAGGAGCCAAAUCCACAAAGACCAACGGCUCCAACUGGGCAAACGUCCCAUUACCACCUCCUCCUAUCCAUCCUCUACCAGGCACAGAGCUGGAGCACUACAGCACCGAGCACCAUGAAGGAGGAGGCUAUGACAGUGAUGGUUGGGGACACCCUCUGCCCGUGCAGACGUACCUGCACCAGGGAGUGGAGGAUGAGCUGGAGGAAGAGGAGGAGCGUGUGCCAACUCCACCCGUCCGCGGUGUGGCAUCGUCUCCGGCAGCCAUGUCCUUCGGGAAGCAGUCCACGGCCACGUUGACUCCGUCCCCUCGAGACGAGACGCAGCCCAUGCUGCACGCACAUCUGGAUGAGCUCGCUCGGCAGUACCAGCUGGACAUGGCCAAGCAGACAUGGCACAUGCAGGGAGGCCCGUAUCCUCCUCAAGCCCCUGCUCCUCCCGUGGGCUACAUGUCCAGCACCCUCAUGUCCGACAUUGAGACUGACCUCCCUGACGAAGACGAAGAUGAUGAUGAGGAGGAGGAGGAAGAUGAAGGUUAUGAGAUGUCACCACCGCCGCUCCGGGGCAUCGAACACACACCAGGAUCCAGCAUGGACAACUUGGACAGCUCGGUCACAGGCUCCAUGGUGAAUGGGUGGGGCUCGGCAUCGGAGGAGGACGACCGGCCCUUUUCCAGCCACAGGUCCAGUGCGGGGAGCUCCUCCGACGGCUCCCUGUUCACCCACUGCAGCUUUGCCCGUGCGCUGGCAGCGGCCGCCGAUAAGGCAGGCUACCGCAUGGAUGGCACCAGCCUCACCAAGAGAGAUCAAUGCCUGGCCCUGAGACCUCGCCCUGCCAGUCCGUUCUCUACAGAUGGCAGCACUGUGGGAACACAUAGCCUCGGCCACCAACGGGCAGCACGGCCCACUCGCAAAAACAGAGGACCAGGUACGGCUGUGCACCGCAGGGAUGCUAGUGCUGAUGACCUACCUCCACCUCCCGAGCCCCCGCCGUGCCAGAGCAUGCGCAUCCAGGGGCCGAGGAGCGUAGGAAACGUCGGCAGCCCUGGCGAACGGAAGGCCUCGUCUCUGGAGAGGCAGCAUAUGGGUGUCCGGGACGAGUUGAAGAGCUCUCUGGAGAGGCAGACUCGUACAUCUCUGGAGCGCAACAGACAAGGCCAAGAAAGACUCGGUUCCAUGGAGAGAGCAGAAGAGGCCAGGAGAGCACAGAAGAACGGCCCUGCUUCAGAAGAGGCCAUGCCACCCUAUAGCAAACCAUCAUUCCCAUCCCCCGGGGGUCACAGUUCAUCUGGAACCACGUCCUCGAAAGGAUCGACAGGUCCUCGUAAAGCAGAGGGGUCACGAGGUCAGCACCAGCGCUCUAACGCCGAACACGGAGACUCCGGCUACAUCGGGACCAACGGCCAGGGACAGUACUCCGGAGAGUUAUAGUGAGAAGCUGUGGAUCAAAGCUGGAAUUUAAAAAAAAAAAGAAAACGCUUUUUCCUGCCCUGGA